GUGGUUUGAGAUUUGAGAACGACCAAACAAAGGACACUCACAUGGUGGAAAAGUCACGCGUGGAAGUGGUUAUUAUUUAUUUUGUAUUAAAACACGGAACAACAAUUAAGUAAAAAGAAUUAAAUCUAAUCUUUAAAACGCGUGUUUAGAAAAAUGUAGACACAACAAACACGCGUCAGAGGCUUGCAUGUAAUCAUUUAUAUUGUUAUUUUAGAAAAUAUUUAGGUUAAAAAUAUAUUUUAUACAGGUUUCAUUUCAAAAAGAAAUCAAACCCACCACAGUGGGUCUACUGUAUUAGUUUAUUUUAUUUUAAAUUAUUAAGCAGUAAAUAAUGAACUCUUCAGUGGUGGUUCCUGUUAUAGAUGUCCAGAGUAAUAACUUUAAAGAGUUAUGGCCUGCAAUGGUGCUCGCUUUUAAAACCUCCUCAUUUAUCGCCCUGGACACGGAACUCAGCGGUCUUGGAGCGAGGAAAGCUCUUCUAGCGGAGUCGAUUGAGGAUCGUUAUAAAGCGAUAUGCCACGCAGCCAGGACCCGCUCUGUUCUGUCUCUGGGACUUGCCUGUUACAAGAAACUCGACGAUAAAGCGGACAGGACGUACCUGGUUCAGGUGUACAAUCUGACACUGCUGUGUGCGGAGGAAUACGUGAUCGAGCCGCAGUCGGUGCAGUUCCUCGUUCAGCACGGGUUCGACUUCAACAAGCAGUACGCUCAGGGCGUUCCCUACGACAAGGGCAAUGAUAAGGGUGGAGAACCUCAGGGUGUGACCAUGCGUACGUUGUUUGUGGAGCUCCUGAGGGCCAACAAGCCUCUGGUGCUCCAUAACGGCCUGAUCGACCUGAUCUUCCUGUACCAGUGCUUCUACACUCAGCUGCCCGAAAAACUGGGAACCUUCACAGCUGACCUGUCCGAGAUGUUCCCCGCCGGCGUCUACGACACCAAAUACACCACCGAGUACGAGCUGCGCUUCACCGCUUCCUACCUGGAGUACGCUUAUAAGAAGUGUAAACUGGACAACAGCAGGUCCAUCACGGCCGCUCAGGAUGGACCUCACGUCUUCCUGGAGUUUUGUAAUUACACGGGCCGAAUGCAGAGCUACGUGGACUACAGGCCUUGCACUGACAGCCUCGGCCGUGACGGACCUCUGAACAUCUGCAUUCAGUUCUCGGCUUAUGGGUGGUGCCCCAGCGGCUCUAGCUGCCCCAUGUCCCACGACACGGACCUUAUCAUCCGGCAAGACGAGAAAAGCAAAGAUGACAAACGGCAAAAAAGGAAGCGCAGGAAGAAGAAGAAAGCCGCGAAGCAGGAGGGAGAAGAGGAGGAUGACGAGACGCCGCGGGAUAAGAAAGCUCACAUGGAGGAUGAGGAUAAGGAUGGCGAAGAGAAAGAAGAGCGGAAAGACGACGAAAAGGUUCAGGAGAAAUUGGCGCCUCACGAAGAGAUGCUAAGCGGAGAAGCUUCGGCUGCAGAACCUCAGACUGAACUUCAGACUGAACCUCAGAAGAUCGAAAGCAACGCUACUCAAACGCAAGAAGCGACGCCCGACGAGAGAAAUCAGGGUCCUAAAGCCAGUGAGAGGAAGGCGGAAGGAGGAACGCACAGAGCCGGCUUCGACGCAUUCAUGACCGGAUACAUUUUCGCCUUCGCGACCAUCCGGAAUGCCGGAGAAUCCGACUCCUGGAUUCCUGCCUGUGCCAACAAGCUGUAUCUGAGCGGCAAGAGCGUGCCGCUUCACGUCACCAAGAGCACCUUCUCCAAGUCUUCCAGAGCUCACGUCACCAAGAUGGAGCACAUCUGGAGAAAACGCUUUCCCAAAGCGGACGGGAACGCGUGACUGUUUUGUAAUAAAUUUGUUUCAGUAAUAAAACAUUGUGAUUUUAUAUAAAAAAGUGUGAACAAUUUACUGCUUACCCUUUCAUGCAGCACUUAAUCUACACAGGUUUCACACACCGCUUCAGGUCAGGGUGAAGGUGGAUCCAGAGUCUAUCCCGGGAACACCGGGGGUGAGGCAGGAACACACACGGUCACAACUCGGAACAAUUCAGCCUCACUAAUCCACCUGCUUGCACAUUUUCGGACGUUUAGAAGAAAAACGGGUACGUUUCAAUUUAGCCCCUCCCCUUUUACUGUGAUGUAUGGAAGGGGUGUGGCCCGGCGCAGCGCUGCAAAAUAGUGCGCUUUUAUCUUAGUUUCAUACAGAAAGACAACAGAAAUUGAUCACAAAGAGAAAAAACUCACAUUUCAUUCUGAAUGAUUCCCUCGGGUUUAAACGACACAAAAGCAAAUCAUUUAUUAUUCUUUUUAAACGACUGAAUAUACAUACAUGCACAUUAAAAAAAAAAAAAAAAAAAAAAGAAGCCAUAUGAACAACAAAAAAGAAGGUCCUGAUCUGUCUUUGGUAGAAAUUAUACAUCUCUGAACAUCAAUUACAAACCUGUAGGAUGAGAAAAACAGCCAGGACGAAACACGUCGAGACGCCAGAACACAUAUUUACAACAUAUUUUUAUACGUUUGUGCUCAUCCAACUGUAUUAAUAAUACGCUUUACACACAGUUGACCAGCAGGGAAAAUAAGACAUAGUAAAACUCUUUUUUUUUCUCCCAUCCUCAUAAAUAUCAAAAUAGAGCUUCUCUCUAUAUUACUAUAAAACUAGUCUGCUUCGGUUAGAUUUAUUGCAUAGAAAUGUAGUGACGACUCCAACAAAACAACGAUAUUAAAAAGAUUAUUAACUCAAGUUCCUCGAUUCAAGUGCAAGUUACACAUUUUUAAGUAGUUACAGACAUGGACGCUGUUUAUUAGGGUAAGCGUUUUAUCUCUGCGGGAGUAACACUCGCUCGAACCCAGGCGAACCGCGCGUACGGAAUGUUUCUCUUCCAGCGAUCAGGUGUGCUAAUUAAGAGGAGAUGCAUACAGUGCAAAAUUACGAGUGAAUAUCUGUAAUAACGUUUAAAUACCUGAAAAACAAAACAAAAAACCCAACAAAAUCACAAUUCUGUUAAUUCUAGCUUUUACGAUUCCCUAAAAAAAAAAAAAAAACGAUCUCGAGUCACAGAAAGUGUUUUGUCCGAUUAAGAUAAACAUAGUGCUCGUAAAAAUACAUUCAUUUGAUCUCCGCCUGUGUGAGCGCUGGAUGGUUAUUAUUUUCGCGCUGUGUGAAGUGUUAGAUAACGCGAUGAUGUCGCGCUAUAA